AUGCAACACUCAACUCUCAUCUCGGUUUUGACGACCCUCUUGGCCCUCACCACCUCCGCCUUCGCGGCUCCGGUAGCGGAAGCCAACCCGCCUGCCAGUGCGGUGACUACUGUCCACAGUUACGCCAUGAUCGGCGUCGACACGACGACAGUGAAUGACAAGACUAGCACCUUUGUCUGGUCUACAGACGUCACCAAGACCGUGGUCGUGAACCCUACCGCCGUCCCAGACACGUCCGACCAGGUGGGCGUACAGAUGGGCAAACCUGGCAAGAGGUCUUCCCUCGAGGUGCGAAAGCCUGUUAUCGAAAGCGAGCGACAUGUGGCACGAAGGGGAGGUCAGGAUGACAAUGGCCGUGUCACCAGGACCUACACCGAUAAGCACGGUAUUCACACCGUCACUGUGGGUGGAGCGUCCACGCAUCCUCCCGUUCAGCCUCCCACCCAUAUCCGUCGUCACGAUGAUCACGGGGGUCCCGAUGGUCCUGAUAGUCCCCACGGACCCGAAGGACCCGAGGGACAAGUCAAGCCUACUGGGUUGUCGGAUGAUCCUACCAUGUGGAACCAUCCUGGUAGUGAGGGCAUCUUCCCCGAAGGUUCGGUGACGAUCACCUCGGUCGCCGCCAACCCGGCCGCACCGACCAAUUCGGUUCAUCCCGGGUCGAAGCGCGACAAGGUCAACGGUGCCGCUACUACCCAGACCGUCAACUUCUCUACCUACGAUUGGAGUUGGAAGGCUUGA